AUGUCUCAAAUUAAAAAAAAUUUUAAUUGGGUUAAAAAACCUGCAUACAAAGAACAUCUUAAAAACAUCAUGAAAAAUAAAAUCGGUAUAAAAAACGAUUUAAUUUAUUUAACAGAACAAAUGAACAGUAAUAAUGAAAAAAUUUUCUUUACCAAAGCAUCUAUUCAAAACAUGGUGUAUAGGAUUGAAAAAGAAGAAAAAGAAAAAGAAGAAAAAGAAGAAAAAGAAGAAAAACAAGAAAUAGAAAAAAGAUAUAAAAGAUUUAGAUAUAUAUUUUGGGUAUCAGUACCAUCUAAAAUUAUCAUUAUCUUCAUUUUCCUCCAAUUAUCGUUUUCUUCAUUUUCUUCCAAUUAUAAAAAUUAUAGUUUAUAUAAUAUAGAAAUUGUUAACUUAUGUUGUGUAUCAAAACAAUGGUUCGAUAUGGUAUCAAAAAAUAUUUCACAUACUCUUUAUUGUAGUAGUGAAUUGGAUGAUUGGAUAGAUACUAUCUAUAAAAAUGUUAAAACUAGACUUUAUAAUAUAAUAAAUAACGAUAUUAUGGGUGAAUUAAUGUUUAAUACAAUUACAUUCGAUUCAUACUUUGGAUAUAAAAACUAUAAAAAUAAAAUAGAAAAUAAUAUUAAAAAUUUUAAUAAUAAUAAUAAUAAUAAUAGUUUAAAUAAUAAAACAAUAAUAAUACAGUAUAGGGGAGAAUAUGGAUUAAAAUUUGAUAAGAAAUGUUUAAAUGAAAUUAUUAAAAUUAUAGAAACUAGUGAAGAAAUACCAUCAAAUGUAGAGUUUAAUUUAGAAUUUUUUCAUAAUAUCCAAUUUUCUGGAAAUAUUGAUAAAUAUCAACAACUUUUAAAAGCUUUUGAUCAACUUUGUAAUAUUGCAACUAUAAAGCAUAUAGAGUAUAAUAGAAUCUAUUUACAAAAUUUUAUUUUUGAUUCUAUUCCAUUUUUUAAACCAAAUAGUUUAGAAUCAAUUGAAUUUGGUAACUUUCCAUUUCAAAUAGAAUGGUUUUCAAAAAUAAACCUACCACCCAACUUAAAGAAACUUUCAAUAUAUUUACCACUUCAUGAUAUAUCUAGAGCUAUUUCAAUGUUAGAGGAAGAAUAUGAAGGAAGACAGCAUAAAUGUGGCACUCACGAGAUAACAGUUCAAGAUCCAAACAAUGCACUUAAAAAUUGGGAAACAAUGAUUCAAAAACUUCAAGAUUCUUCAUCUAUUAUUGAUUUAACACUAAAUACUCAUUGUAUAAGGGAUUGUUUUCCUGAAAAAGUGGAUUUCAAAUUUGUUUCUAAUGGUUUAAAAUCAAUUUUAUCAAGUCCCAAAACUUUUAUAAAAUAUUUAAAGUUAAGAGAUGUAUUUUGUUUUGAUGAUGUUUUUUUUGAAACCAUAAAAAAAAGUAAAAGUAUUGUAUCAUUAGAAAUAUCAUCCAAAUUAAGAGAUAUACCUUAUACUAGAAUUUUGGAUUAUGUUUCAUAUAAUAAAAAUAUAAUUCAUUUAAAAUUGGGUGGUAGAAUGGUUACCAAUAUUUUCACAACUUUGUUAAAUUAUGACCAACUUUAUUUAAAUACAUUAACUUUAGAUUUUACAUUAUUUCAAAUUUGUAAGCAAAGUGAUUUAGAAUUAUUAAUUAAAUCAAGAAAAUGUAAACUAAAAGAACUUCAUAUUAAAAGUGGUUAUAAACUUUUUGAUUUCAAUCCCAAUUCAACUUUUAAAUUAACAAACUACAAUAAAAUUAAUAAUAAAGUUAUAACAUUAAAUAAACAAAAAAUUUUUUAUAAUUAA